AUAUGAAACAAUGAACAUACUUAUGUAUAUCCCAUCAAUGGUUACAUGACUGAUGUUACCAAUAUACAGUUUGUUGUAUUUGUCACAGUAAUAUAUAUCAGCAUAGAAAUAAGUUGAAAAGGAUCUUGUCAAAAUGGCAGGGAAUAAUACGUGGGAAGUUGAAAAUGAAGCAGCAACGUGUUCCAUCGUUGACGAAAGCACACCACUUCUGUCAGCAAAUGAUCAAGCCGAGAUGACUGAGAACAACAUUGGAAUCUCUCAACAAACCCUAGUUUCUAACAAUGAUUACUUAUCGAAUCAUGGAAAGAAGCUGCCGCAAUAUCUGGCAGGUAUUGCAGCGACACUUGGUGCUCUUGCUGCUGGUAUGGUAUUGGGAUGGUCAUCUCCUGCUGGUGAAAAUGGUGUGAAUUUGAUAAAGCAGUAUCAAAUAUCCAUUAGUCCAGAGGAAUUCUCUUGGAUAGGAUCACUUACUACACUCGGAGCUGGUGCAAUAUGUAUACCGAUUGGUUUACUGGCGGACCUGAUAGGCAGACGGACGUCCAUGCUACUCAUGGUGGUACCCUUCUGCGUCGGCUGGCUUCUCAUUAUCUUUUCCAAAUCGGUGCUCAUGUUCUAUUUCGGUAGAUUCAUCACUGGGGUCAGUGGCGGCGCGUUCUGUGUCGCCGCGCCACUAUAUACGGCUGAGAUAGCUGAGAGUGAAAUUCGUGGUACUCUCGGCUCUUUCUUCCAGUUGUUACUCACCAUGGGUAUCCUGUUAACAUAUGUUCUCGGCAGCUUCGUCUCGAUGCAAACGCUAUCGAUCAUCUCAGCACUGGUGCCUCUGAUCUUCUUCGGGGUGUUUUUCUUCAUGCCGGAGACCCCGUUCUAUUACUUGCAAAAAGGCAACGAAGACGCUGCCAGGAAGAGCUUGAUUCAGUUGCGCGGCACUCACUACGACGUCGAGGCCGAGUUGCAAGCGCAACGGGAGGUGAUCGAGGAGACUAAACGGAACCAUGUGUCUUUCUCCGUCGCUAUCCGGUCAACAGCUGCGAAGAAGGGCUUCGUGAUUGCAUACGGAUUGAUGCUCUUUCAACAGAUGAGCGGUGUAAACUCCAUCAUUUUCUACUCCGCUGAUAUCUUUGUCAAAGCUGGCAGCAGUAUUCCAGCCAAUUACGCCAGCAUCAUCAUCGGAGUGGUGCAAGUGGUAGCGGUCUUUGGCAGCACCCUUGUUGUCGAUCGGCUGGGUAGGAGGAUAUUACUGCUGUCGUCUAUUGUGUCGUUGUUGUUGGCGACUUUCGUCAUGGGCAUUUACUUCUACUGUAUAAAGCACACUCACUCCUUCGACAACAUCAAGUGGUUUGCGAUAAUCCCACUUUGCGUUUUCAUCAUCAUGUUCAAUUUCGGCUUCGGACCACUCCCUUGGACGAUGAUGCCCGAGAUCUUCGCUCCGGAGGUGAAAGGAAUAGCUGCGAGUAGUGCUUGCUUGUUCAACUGGCUCAUGGCCUUUGUAGUGACCAAAUUCUACAGCAACAUGACAAACGCCGUGUACCCAUACGGCACAUUCUGGAUAUUCUCUGGUUUUUGCGCCGUCGGCAUCUUUUUUGUUUACUUUCUGGUACCUGAGACCAAGGGUAAGACGUUGGAUGAGAUACAGAGAGAGUUGAAUCAGGGCUGAGACUGGAGGAGCUGUAAAGAAUCAAGUGUACAUACAUACAUACAUACAUAAUAAGAUGAAAUACUUAAUAUUCCCGUUUCCUCGCCGCCGUCAUCUUCAUUAUAUCAAAAGAAAAAAAAAUGGCAACUAAGAAUUUGAGUAAAGUAACACUCAUAAAAUAACAUUUAUACAAUAG